GGGAGGCUCCCGUGACGUCACUGCGUUCGCCCCGACGUCGCUGGACUCCGGACGCUCUGGACUGCACCGGAGGGGAAGUUAGCGAACCAGUGGUUCAAGCACGUUUUCUACAAAAUCCAGUGGCUGACUCAGAUCAGAGAUGGCUCUGACACAGGUGUCCUCCAACAAGUGCGCUGGUGGCUUCCAGAAGGUUUUCGAGCACGACAGCACCGAGCUGAAGUGUAAGAUGAAGUUUGCCAUCUACCUGCCUCCCAAGGCUGAGACAGACAAAUGUCCUGUCAUGUACUGGCUCUCAGGCCUGACGUGUACGGAGCAGAACUUUAUCACCAAAGCUGGAAGUCAGCUCGCUGCUGCAGAGCACGGCAUCAUCAUCGUCGCUCCCGACACCAGCCCACGUGGCUGUAGCAUUGAGGGGGAGGAUGAGAGCUGGGAUUUCGGCACUGGAGCUGGUUUCUAUGUCGACGCCACUCAGGAGCCCUGGAAGACCAACUACCGCAUGUACUCCUACAUCACAGAGGAGCUCCCCAAACUGAUCAACGCUAACUUCCCCACUGACCCAGACAGGAUGUCCAUCUCUGGUCACUCCAUGGGCGGCCACGGGGCGCUCAUCUGUGCCCUGAAGAAUCCUGGGAAAUACAAGGCGGUGUCUGCGUUCGCCCCCAUCUGUAACCCGAUGCAGUGUCCCUGGGGACAGAAAGCCUUCUCAGGAUACCUGGGCUCUGACAGGUCCACGUGGGAGGCGUACGAUGCCACGGUGUUGGCGGGGUCGUACUCCGGCCCUCAGCUCGACAUCCUCAUCGAUCAGGGCCGAGACGACCAGUUCCUGUCAGCCAGCCAGCUCCUGCCCGACAACCUGAUCGCCGUCUGCUCCGAGAAGAAAAUCCCCGUCGUCUUCAGACUGCAGCCGGGUUAUGACCACAGCUACUUCUUCAUCUACUCCUUCAUCAACGACCACAUCAAGCACCACGGCAAGUACCUCAACGCCUGAGCCGCCGCCGGACAACGUGACUCUUACUGGACGACAUGUCAGUCCAGUUCAGUCUGACCCAGCUGCUCCGCCCUCACUGCUCCGCCCUCAGUCGCAUCCACCCUCUGCUUUUUGUUUUGUUCUGACUUCUUGCAGACGUCAGUAUAAAAUGUCAGCUGUUCCCUGGUUCAGAAGCCUUUGUGCCUAAAGUCUCCAGUGAGAUCAGUUUUCUGAUCUCUGUGGGACGUUGGUUGGAGCCACACUCAGCCAUCAGAUGUCUGAGAAAACCAUCAGCGAACAGUCUCUGUUGUAUUUUUCAGAAUAAAAUUCUCCAUGAAUCA